AUGUGGGGUCUUUUAAUAACUAUCGCGGUUAGCACAAUUACUGCUUCAUCAUCAGAGACUAGGAUAAUAGGUGGAGAGCAAACUGCAAGAAAUUCGAGGCCUUAUCAAGUUGCGUUGUAUCUUCGUGUUGGGACAACUGGUCGAGUGGGCUUCUGCGGUGGAUCCCUUAUAGACCCACAAUGGGUUAUCACAGCUGCACACUGUUGUUUCCACGACGACGUAUUAGUGGACAAUGUCCAGGCAAUUUUAGGGGCGUACUCCCUUUACGACAGAUACGAAAACGGUCGUCGUAUUCUGAACGUCGAAGAGAUUAUAGUUCACCCGGAAUGGAAUUCAACAUUCUUUCUAAACGACCUAGCCCUAAUGAGACUCAGUAAUUUGGUGCAGAUGACAGAAACGAUCAACUCUAUACGACUGCCUUAUCUUAAUAUAUCGGAAAACAACUUCGCUGGUGCAGCCAGCAUUGCAUCUGGUUGGGGAAUUGCCGCACCACAAGUAACCUUUGUAUCACCAACUCUUCGGCAGAAGACAAUGUCGGUGAUAACAGACGCGUUAUGUAACGCAACCAUGUUCGAUCAACUGCCGCCGAACAUGGUGUGCGGUAUCAGUACAUAUUCUGGGACUUGUAAGGGUGACAACGGCGGACCAUUGACGAUAGUUUAUCACGUAACGGGGGAAGAGAUUUUGAUUGGUGUUGCGACCAUAAUCGACGCUACAGGAUGCAACGACCAGUUACCCUCCAUGUUUACGAGGGUUCAGCGACAUUUAUCCUGGAUAAAUAACACCACUGGCAUUGAAUUACUUUAA